UGGCUCCGUACAUAUUCGGGGGCGGGGCUUAUCACAGGAAGCCUUGCAUGCAUGAGUCUGGCGCCCUGGAGUGCGGACUGCCGUUAUUAUUGGCUGCUGCUGCUGCCGCUGCCGCCGGUGCUGUCCCUGUGCUGUGCUCUGCUCGUCCAAUGCCCGACACUAGCUGCUGAGGGAACUAUUCGCAAGCCCCACCACGGCAAGCAUACAUUCCCGCAGCACGCCGCCACCCCUAAGAGCCAGAAGAAUGAAGAGUGGUAGUACAAGUUCAACAUGGAUAUAGUAACUGAUACCAGCUUCCUAACGAAGGUUAUUGGGAAGUAUAUAAAAGUUACAGCCAUCAAUGGAUGCUUUCAGGGCGUGCUCCUGAGUAUUCAUGCAAGCCGUACAAUCACUUUAAUAAAAGUUAAGGAUGUAGCAACUGGGAAGGCCGUGCCUGGAACAAAAAUCCUUUUUGGCCAUACCAUUCUGAAAGUGGAACCUCAAGAAGAACCUUCAGGUCUUUCAUCUCAGGAGCCAGAAGAUCUGACAGUUAACGAACGAGAUAAUAGCUUGUCACAAGAGAGUGACAAAUAUGCUGGGGAACAAGCCAUGGAAAUUAAAGAGACUGAGACAUCUGCUCCACACGAGAUGCAUGCUAGUAUCAUACAGGCCAUUAAACGUGCAGUUGAGGAUGAAGCUGUAAACUAUAUUGUGAUAGACCAGUUUCAGCCCAUGCUCGGCCCUGCAAUUCGACAUCUACAGAGCCAGAAAGUCCUGAGCUUAGGGGCUGUUGGGCUGAACUUGUAUCGCCAUGGGAAGUUGUGCUGGCUGCAGGUGGCAACGAAAACAUGUGUUUAUCUUUUUGACAUCCUUCUCUUGGGGCCAGGAGUUUUCCGAAAUGGGCUUCAAAUGGUGCUCGAAGACAAAAGCAUUCUAAAGGUGGUUCAUGACUGUCGCUGGCUGGGGGAGGUCUUGUCCCACCAAUAUAGUGUGGUCCUUAGCAAUGUAUUUGAUACACAGGUUGGAGAUGUAUACCUAUUCUUUAUGGAAACUGGUGGCUUCCUUCCUAAUCGUACAUGUUCAGUUAAGGAAUGUUUGACUCGACAUCUCAACAUGCCAUCCUCACAAAUAUCCUUCCUGACUUACAAGCAAACUUUAAUAAAGGAUAACCCCAAUAUAUGGCUUGAUCGUCCAAUGCCCACACACUUGCUGAAAGUAUUGGCUCUGGAAGUAAUGCACCUUUUGGCUCUGCGCUUAGCCAUGCUGGAUGCCAUGUUAGCUGAUUUUACAUUAUUGGUUGAUGGGUAUCUAAAUACAUAUUGCCAAGGAACAGCAGAUGCAUUAGGCAGCACUGAGAUCUGCUCUGAGCUUCCAAAAGAACUUCAGCAACUUUCUGUCUUGCAGCAAGUCAGGCGUGAGAAGGCCCUGCAUGAAUUUAUUGUUAGUGACCAAGGGUUCCUCACACGGGACUGAAGAGUCAAACACACAGCUGCAAUACCUCACCAUCACAACCUACCUUAACACACCCCUUUGGCACAUUUAUGGUGCGUACCAGUCUAUAAGCAGAGAUUUUCUGCUUGUCCCUGAGCUACAAGCUUUCCGUUGACUGUUGUGCUUCAGCAUAGUCUGUACCUCUAAUUUGUCUUCUUCAUAAUACUUAAUUAUGGGGUAAAUGUAUGAAGCAGUUAUCAGAGUGAAGAAGUAAACCAGUGGAGAAGUUGCACACGGCAAGCAAUUAGCAAUGAAGUAACAUUCAGAAUUUGCAUACUAUAUAAAAUUAUACAGAGCAGCUGAUUGGGUGCCAUGGGCAACUUCUCCGCUUGCUCACUUCUCCACUCGUUUCACUGCUUCAUACAUUUAAACCUAUGUGCUUUAUAAUUCCAUUAAGUUUUUUUUUGUGAAGCACUGUAUAAUUUUUGGAUGUGUUCCAAAAUAGUAAUGUUAUCGCUAUAACCAAUAAAAAUAUCAUUGCAAAUGUCA